AUGCGAUUACGCCCUCUAAGGGUGAACGCCGGUAUAACUUUCUACAGAAAAUCUAUUCUAGACAGUAUAUCACAGGGGGGAGGACAAGGAAAAAGUGGCAGUAGCCUGCUGAACUUUGUGAGCGAUCAGAAAAUGAGUAUAACGAACCAGCGACCUGAACGUCGCGGGAUCCAUUUGGAUCAGUCAGAGCUGCUCUGCAAAAAAGGAUGUGGUUUUUACGGAAACACCGGCUGGCAGGGCCUCUGCUCGAAGUGCUGGAGAGAGGAGAACCAACGAGAACGACAAAAACAAAUUCAAGAAGACUGGGCUCUUGCUGAAAGACUGCAGCGAGAAGAAGAAGCUGCUUAUGCGAGUAGACAUCAGAAGCCGCCACAAUCCCAACCAGCAAUAACACCCUUCAGCAAGUUUGAAGAAAGAAAGACAAAAGAAAAAUCCAGCAAAGUCAACACUGUUACUAAGUUUUUCACUCCGUCAACAAAAACACCACCAAAAAAAGAUAAUGCUUUUGACUCUCAGUCCACUCCAAGUCCGAGCUCUUCAUCGAGCCGUCAUUCUUCUGCUGACACGGACCAUGCAACACGAGAGUUCAUAGACUUUCUUAAACCACUGAAGUCGGGUCGGGAGAUCUUUAAGCAAUGCCGGGCCUUUACUGAAGGCAUUGUGUACAAACGAGAGAUGGGUGCUGAUGAACUGUCAGAGUGUGUUCAGGACUUUUACCAAAACUUGUCUGAUCGCUUGCACACACAAUUUAAAGGUUCCACUGAACAGGUUGAGACUGUUAUGGAUGCAGUUGAAAAAUAUAUGAUGACUCGUCUGUACAAAGAAGUAUUUUGUCCUGAGACCACGGACGAUGAAAAAAAGGAUUUGGCAAUUCAGAAAAGAAUUAGGGCCUUGCAUUGGGUCACUAUUGAGAUGUUGUGUGUUCCUGUCGAUGAGGAGAUUCCUGAGGCUUCAGACAGUGUGGUCAAAGCGAUCACAGAUGUCAUUGAGAUGGAUUCCAAGCGUGUUCCCAAAGAGAAACUCGGUUGUAUAACUCGCUGCAGCAAGCACAUCUUUAACGCGAUUAAAAUCAGUAAAAACGAAGCGGCAUCAGCAGACGACUUUCUUCCCACGCUCAUCUAUAUAGUUCUCAAGGCAAACCCACCACGACUGCAGUCCAAUAUCCAAUACAUCACUCGCUUCUGCAACCCCAGCAGGCUCAUGACUGGAGAGGAUGGAUAUUACUUCACCAACCUGUGCUGUGCUGUGGCGUUCAUUGAAAAGCUGGAUGGGCAGUCCCUGAACCUUAGCGCAGAGGAGUUUGAGCUCUACAUGUCUGGACAGGCCUCCCCCCACUGGACCCAGGGAGAAGGUGCCUCCAGCAGCUCUCCUGGCAGCUCUGCCCUCAGCCAGGUCCACAAGCGCCUGGAUCUCUUGACUGGUCUCGGGGAAAGGCAGGACAGCGUGAUCGAGAAGGCGCGGCAGCUGGAGAGCGACCUCAUCGACUGGACAGACGAGGUGGAGCAGAAGGUGCAGAGUGUUUUAGAAAGCUUUCCCCCGGACCUCCCAAAACCAGCCCCCGCCGCCACUUCUGCUUCUGCCAUAGACUCUGAAAACGUGGAGAAUGAAGGACUGCCCCCACCUCUGCAGCCACAAGUGUUUGCUGCAAACAGUCUCUCGUCACAGUUCCAUCAUAAUGGGUCGGAUGCGUUCACUUUUCUGGUUGUCUAUAGUGCUUCUCAUGCAUUUGAAAAAGCCAGUAACAUGUGCAACACCACUUCAGCCUUCAGUGGAAAUAGUCACCGGACAUGUGAAAGUAUUCACUGCCCCAGUCUACCAGUAGAAAUCAGUGUAGAUGGUGGAUGGGCAAUUUUAGAUACCCCAUCCCAGGCUGUGGUUGGGUUCCCAUUGUACAUGGUAUGCCUAACAGUCCAAGUUGUAGAGCCUCUGACGCAGCCCAGUUUGACCGUUGUUGACAAUGAGGAAAUGCGUUCUUUGUCUAAGCUUAAGCUUGAAUGUGUGCUUGAGUACAAUGUUCCAGACCCUGCACCUCUGCUCAUUUACUAUUUCUACAUCAACGACAACCAGUAUGGGACCCCAACUUCAGACAACUACAGUCUGGUUGAGAGAUUAAACGGCAUUUUUAAAUGCCAGGCCAAGGUGCCUCAGCUGGGCCUGUCCCAGUGGAGUGAGCCUGUAUCCUUUUAA